UUAAGGACCUGACCGUGAGCGCUGUCGAGUCCUAUCAGACAGCGGAGCGCAGAAAUCCCAGCGACCGGCUCGGGCUAGAGGCUAUGAGAAUACCCAAUGCCUCUAGACUUAAUUUAAGUCGGGCAUCUCCAAGGACACAUCUUUCCCGGGUCCUCCAUAGGAAGCGGCUAACAAAAGCGGACCCCGGUUCCCCGGUCCGUCCUCCCAUCCCUGGCCGCUGCUGCCGGCGCCUCUCGUGAGCCUGCUACCUGGCUGCCUGCUGCUUCGCUGUCCCUCGUGAACAGGAGGCACUGACUCGGUGUGUGCUAUGCAGCAUUAUUAACUUGCACGGAUUUUUCCUGUUUUCUGGAUCACGGAAAUCCACGCCGGUUUUCAUGUUCCUGCAGAUGUGCUGUCUGGGGAAUGGACACUCUGAUUGACAGCAGAGGCCUACGCUGCCUGCCUUCCAAUCGAGAGUGAACCAGCUUGUUUCCGGGAAAGGGGGCCGGGCUGGCCUUUGGUCACCUUUUUCACAUCUGCCUGCGCCUCCUGGCAGCCCCAUUUUCUUUCUCUGGUUUUGCAAGGGAGCAGAGAAUAGCCACGGGCCUUCUUGCACCCGAGACUGCUGUGAUUUUAUUACAUUUUGGAGGCCAAAAUGCCUGGGAAAAGGUCCCUAAGUGCAUCAGCCAUCCCAAGUGCCAAAAGGGAACGGAAAGCGAUUACACUCGAAAUAAAAUUGGAAGUGUUAAGGCGAUUUGAAGUGGGUGAAAAGCUCAGCCAAAUAGCAAAGGCCUUGGGCCUUGCUGUUUCUACAGUGGCUACAAUCCGAGAUAAUAAAGAAAAAAUCAAAGCGAAGUCACAAAUAGCUACUCCGUUGAGAGCCUCUCGGCUGACUCGGCAUCGAAGCGCAGUCAUGGAGACCAUGGAGCAGUUGCUGCGCGUGUGGCUUGAAGACCAGAGCCAGCGGAACGUGCCCCUGAGUGUCACAGCCAUUCAGGAGAAGGCUAAGAGUUUGUUUGAUGACUUACAGCGUGAAAGAGGUGAAAGCUCUCAGACAGAAAAGUUUAGUGCAAGUAAAGGGUGGUUUGUGAGAUUCAAGGAGCGCCAUUGUUUGCCCCACUUCAAGAUAAACAGCUUGGCUCCUGGAAACAAGGAUGUGUAUCCAGAAGUGCUGAGAAGCAUCAUUGAAGAAGGUGAGUAUACCCCCCGGCAAGUUUUUAAUGUAGAUGAGACGGGGCUUUACUGGAAGAGAAUGCCGGAAGGAAUGUUUGUUUCUGUGGAAGAAAAAGCUGAGCCAGGCUUUAAAUCUUCCAGAGAUCGCUUGAUGCUGCUUCUUGGUGGCAAUGCAGCGGGGGACUUUAAGUUGAAGCCCUUAUUAGUGUACCACCUGGAAAACCCCAGGGCUCUGCAAGGCUACUCCAAGCCCAGUUUGCCUGUAAUUUGGCGCUCAAACAAAAAGGCCUGGGCAACCAGGAGCAUCUUUCAGGAAUGGUUCACCUACUUUUUUUGCCCUGCUGUUGAAAAAUACUGUGCCCAGAAUAAUCUCACCAACAAAGCAUUGCUUAUCCUAGACAAUGCCCCAUGCCACCCAGUAAAUUUGAGUGAUCUGUCUGAUAAUGUAAGAGUGGAGUAUCUUCAUGACAGCACAGCUGACUCGGUCCAGCCCGUGGGCCAAGGCAUCGCCUCCACCUUCAAAGCUCAUUACGUGAGAAGAACUUUUGAGCACAUCCUAGAAGCAACAGAUGGGGAGGACACAGCCAUGAUCAGGGAGUUUUGGAGAAACUACAGCAUCAUGGAUGCUGUAGACAACAUCGCCGUAGCUUGGGAGCAGCUGAGACCGGCGACAAUGAACAGUGUGUGGAAGAAGAUUUGGCCUGAGUGUGUUCAGUUCCAGAGUGUCUCCCAAACAGAUAACAUUUCACAGCUUCAACAAAACAUUGUGACCCUUGCCAAGAAUGUGGCUUUCGAAGACGUUGUAGAAGCCGAUGUGGACCAUUUGCUGAGGUCCCACGAGGAAGAUCUUUCCAAUGAGGAGCUGAUGCAGCUCGAACAGCAGCCUGCGGGAGAAGAGGACAACGACGAUGCCCCCGCUGCCCUGCGUCAGCUGACCACAGAAAAACUCUCGGCAGCCUUGUCACAUUUCGAGGCCGGCUUACAGGUCCUCACAAGUAACAGCCCUAAUGAUGCGUGGAAACUGAAAGUUUCAAAAGCAAUCAACGAUGCAAUAAACUGCUACAGGGAAUUGUACAAUGAGAAAAAGCGGCGCUUAAAGCAACUAACUUAAGUCAGUUUUCAGUGUGUGUGACAAACGCUCAUCAAAAUAAAGUCAGAAGCAACGAGACGGCCUCGGCGGAUGAGACCCAGCCACACCUCUGUACUUCCAGAUGCCUUACAUCCUUGGAAACUCUGUUUCUGGUAUUUUCAUUUUGACACCUGAGAGUACCAAGUUUUAUCAUUAAAAUAUCACUGAAGUAUGUUCUGUAGAAUAACCGUAUGCAAGAAUACCCAGGAAAAUGUUUCUUUAAAAAGAGAAAGCUACAGGGUGCCUGAGUGACUCUGUUCGUUAAGCAUCUGACUCUGGA